UAUAAAAAGACAAGGACACAUCCCCUCUGGUCUCUUUGGCAGAGAGUGCCUUCCUAAAAUCCACUCUCACUACUCCACCAUGCCUGCAGACUACAACGGAACCUGGGAGAUGGAGAGCAAUGGGGACUUUGAGGAUUACCUGAAAGCACUGAAUAUUGAUUUUGCCACCCGUAAAAUCGCCGUCCACCUGUCUCCAACCAAGGUUAUUAUUCAGAACCAGGAUGUGUUUGAGAUCAAGACGCUGAGCACCUUCCGGAAUUACGAGGUGAAAUUUACUGUGGGGAAGGAGUUUGAGGAGCAUACCAAAGGACUGGAUAACAGGGUGAUCAAGACUCUGGUGACCUGGGACGGGGAUAAAUUGGUGUGCACCCAAAAAGGAGAAAAGGCCAACAGAGGGUGGAAACACUGGAUAGAGGGUGAUAAACUACAUCUGGUGAGGAACUGACCUGCGAGGAUAAGGUGUGCCACCAGAUCUACAGGAAAAAGAAAUGAAGGAUAACACUGUGUAUUUGUUCCUGUUUCUGCUUGUUUUCUUAUUUCUUUGUUUCAAAAACCAGAAUUUUACAUCAACAGUAAUGUAAUCACACCAUGUUAAUAAACAGAUGAACAGUU